CUAGAUCAGCUGACAGCUCACUGCUUCUGCUUUUGAUGCUAGUCGUCUGUCGGCAGAUAGAUGGCGGUUCUCCAUUAAAAUAUUAUAAAUUAACUAUCGUUGAUCUAAUUGGCGUGGUAUUCUCAGUUUGAGAUAGAUACACCUCUAUCAUCCAGACGGUUCUGUCACCGGAUAGAUGUUGUUGGAGUGGAUGAUGAACGGACACGCCAUUCUUUACACGGGGGUCACUUUGGCCUUCUGGAGCACCAUACUCAUCGUCGGCCUCUGUUACACUAUAUUUGACCUUGGCUUCCGCUUUGAUGUGGCAUGGUUCCUCACAGAGACCUCCCCUUUCAUGUGGGCUAAUCUGGGGAUUGGCCUGGCGAUCUCUCUGUCUGUAGUGGGAGCUGCCUGGGGUAUUUACAUCACUGGCUCCAGUAUCAUUGGUGGAGGUGUGAAGGCUCCACGAAUCAAAACCAAGAAUUUGGUCAGCAUCAUCUUCUGUGAAGCUGUUGCCAUCUAUGGGAUCAUCAUGGCCAUUGUCAUCAGCAACAUGGCUGAGAACUUCAGUGGGACGACCCCUGAGACCAUCGGAGCCAAGAACUACCAAGCAGGAUACUCCAUGUUUGGGGCCGGUCUAACUGUCGGCUUCUCCAAUCUCUUCUGUGGCAUCUGUGUGGGCAUCGUGGGCAGCGGAGCAGCUCUGGCCGAUGCCCAGAACGCCAGCCUCUUCGUCAAGAUUCUCAUCGUGGAAAUCUUUGGCAGUGCUAUCGGCCUGUUUGGAGUUAUUGUAGCCAUUCUGCAGACAUCGAAAGUAAAAAUGGGAGACUAACCGGCCUUCACGCUCCGAGAACGAAGACCAGGCUGGAGGGCAGACAGAUUAUUCUGUAUAUACAUCGUAAAUUAUUUAAAUGUCUCUAUUUAGCUGGUGUAUUUUUAACCUUUGUUUAUCCAAGAGUGUGUGUUUGACCUGUAAAUACAAACAAACAGAGUUGCAAGGUUUUAACAACCAGGUCUGUGGGCGGUCAACUGUGGACAAGUUUCUUUGGAUGUCAUGGACUUGUCAGACCACUCUUGAAUAAACAGUCAGUUCAAAAUACAUGAGAAUAUUUGAAAACAAACAUAUUUGUGUGUGCGUGCGUGUGUGUGUGUGUGUGUGUGUACACUGGAUGUGAUUUUUGUUUUUUCCUUUCCUGUGAAGCAUGAGGUUGAUUACUGUUGUGUUUGUAGACUUUUAUUUUACGUCUGUUGUGGUCCCUUCUUCCAAAUACAGUAUUUAUCAGACAUUCUACUGUAAGAGUCCCUAACACGUCCAAGGGCUCAGAUCUGGAUUCAUGGACAGAUCUCAGUGACGGGCCUGGUCUAAAGAUGUUCUUCUCUUGUUAACUCUAUGAAGGCAGAUACUUUAUUCACAUCCAAAAAACAUAGCUUCAACAAAGCUGGUCUGAUUUUUUUUUCCCCCUGGUUUGAUUUCCAAAUUUAACAUCCUGUCCUUUUAGCUGCAUCUUUAAGGAUAAACAAGAAAAGUGAUUGUAGCUAACAGCCUUAAAGUACCAUCUUAUAAAAUAGUCAUAAUGCUGUCAGGCAGUCAAGAUGGAGCAGAGUGUGAAGCUGUGCUUUUCUGCUCCUUUACUGUACUCUAUACAUUUUCUCAAAUGUAUAUGGUAAUGAGGAAGAAACAUAUAUUGUAGUAACACGACACUAACUGCUAUUUUCAAAAUGUUCCAGUAUGAAACCAGCUUCACAAAUUUAAACAUCUUAUCUUUGUCAAAUGUUUAAUGUUCGUUUUCCCACAUCUGCCAACAUUCCAGAGGAUUGUAUCAUGUGUUCUGAGUGCACUUAGAAUCACCAACAUCAGGCUCCUGGUGUAUUACAGCAAAUUAUUCAUUGAGUUCAACAUUCCACUGUUUCCUACUCUACCCCAUCGAUGUUUACUUAAUAUUGAUCUCAUAAAUGGUGAUAUGUCGUGAUUUUCUGACACAGAUGGAGAAUACUGAAAUAUUCAGUCUUCUUGUGACUAUAAAAAGAGACAACAGACCACAGCUAUUCAUCCCACAUUGUCAGGUUUAUUUUCUUUGAACUUUGUGAAUCCUGAAAGAGUAUUGACCUUGAAUUGAAUGUGGAAAAAAUGGAAAAGAUGUAGGAAUAUCUGUAGACGUGACAUCUGUGAUACAUCUGACACACUGGGCUCUGUACUGAACUGUGUGUUUAUCUUGAUGUGGUUGUGAACAGAAAAUAUUGUUUUUGACAAUGUGUAAAAUAAAAAACAAAUCUUUCUCCCAGGUUCAUAAAUGUACUUGAAAAAAUAUUAAAAUGUUCCAGUUGA